AUGAGGGAGGAGAUUCUCGAUUACAAGAGGUUAAAUUGGGACGAUUACCAGGAAUUUGUUCCUGUUGUCGAUGGAGCCGGUGGGGUGAUCCCUGAUGUGCCCGAAGACUUAGCUAAGCAUAGGAAAAAGAUACCAAUGAUGAUUGGAACCACACGUGAUGAAACUGAGAAACUGGCGGACAACCUCACACUCGGCUACAAACAAUUUCAAAAUCAUCGUCUCAUUGCCGAAGGUUGCAAAGCUCAGUAUGUUUGGACGAAGGUGGAUCCAUCCAUGUCAGACAGCAUUUUAUUUGACUCAGUUCUAAAAGCGUUCGGAUUUAGGAAACUGCAGCUUGAUCAAAGGCAUCCAACACCCGAGAAUUCUGGUUUUCCCUUCAACUGGACGUCUACAAAUGCAAUGGAAUUGAACUACCUGUCAAUAACCGAUAGCCCUACAAUGGAGGUCGGUUACCGUUGGCAAGGUCAUGUAUUUUGGAACUGGUAUGCUCGUUCGUUAGACGCCGUUGAUGUGGGGAAUCUACAGCGAAUAGCUCAGCUGGACAGAGAUGUUGGAAAUUGG